UCCUCCCCUCUUUCCCUCACUCCUUCUCUUGCAAGCUUUCCUUUCCUCCUUCCUUCCCUCCCUGGUUCUUUCCUCCCUUCUCUUGCCAGUUUCCCCUUCUCCAUCUCCUUCCUCCCUCUUUCCUUCCCGGCUGGGGCUGGAGGGCUGGCUCCGGCCAAGAUGCUCAGCAGCAGCAGCAGCAGCUCCUCCUCGGCCGAAGGGACCCUCCUGGCGCUGGGCGUCUUAUUAUCGGUGUGCCAUGCCUUGGAGAACACAACGUCAGUCUUCAAUGGCCCCCCAGUAGCGGCUGCGGUGAGGUCUCACUUCAACACCUGCCCCGAUGCCCACAGCCAAUUCUGUUUCCACGGCACUUGCAGGUUCUUGGUGCAGGAGGAAAAACCAGCUUGCAUUUGCCAUUCUGGUUAUGUUGGGACGCGGUGUGAACAUGCGGAUCUCCUGGCAGUAGUUGCUGCCAACCAGAAGAAGCAAACCAUUACUGCUUUGGUGGUGGUUUCGGUGAUAGCCUGCGUGGUGCUUAUAAUGGUCUGCGUCCUAAUACACUGCUGCAGGAUAAGGAAACACUGUGACUGGUGCCGGAUGGUCAUCUGCAGGCAUGAGAAACCCAAUGGCCUCCUGAAGGGAGGGUCAUCUUGCUGCCACUCAGAAACAGUUGUCUGACAGAGUCCUGGUCUGCUGAGGUUCUCCUUGCUGUGUGUAGAUGGGACCACUGCACCGUCCGACAGAAGCCUGGCCUUAUUCCAGAGAGAGACUUAACACGGAUUUUUUAAAAAUGUCUUCCAGGGAUUAGCACAAUAUUGGCAAGCAGACUUCAAGAGCUUUUAUCUUCCGUUUCAGCUCAGGGCUUUCAAAACUUUGCCAAAAGGGAAAGCAAGAGUUGCUUGACACCAAACUAAUCUCGAUGUGGAAGUUACAUGAAACAAAGAAUCUCAAAGACUUUGUGGAACGGAAGAAGACAGAAGUGCGCAUUGGACACCUUCAUGUUUAUGUAGCCCUGGGGAAUGUUUAUGGAGCAGCUUAGACCAGAAACCUGUAUAGUUUGGGUUGGGGUAGUUCUGUUUUCCAAGUAUCUUCCUCCUUGCUUGAGACUUCUUAGGAGCUGCCCUGAGAUGGGAAGGUUGGAUUUGGUGCAUUAAUGUUGGACUCUAGAAGAAGAAUGGGCAAAAUGGACGACCCAGCUUGCUUCCCUUUAAGAAGACUGGCUUUAGUGUUCCUCUCCAUGUUCCUGCAAGUUCUUUUGUUUGCAUCCAAGAGCACCAGGAUAAAAUUUUCAUUAGCCACAUUGAUAGAGCUUCCGAAAUAACGACAAUUUUGGGUUGGGGUUUUAGAAAAGGAAAACAACAGAGUAUAGAGCAAUACGCUUUGGGAGUCAACGAGAGCAAAAAGGCUGACACCUCCUCAUUCUUCUUAGGAGUUUAAACUUUGCAUGAAAAUUUAGACCGUUCCUUAACCCCAUCAUCCCAACUUUGCUACUGCUUUUCUGUGUUUUCCCAAGGAAUAAAAAGUAUAGGCCACAGAAGCAUUAGUUGUGCAGGAUGUAAGCGGGAUGUUGAAGAGGCCUCUUAAAGGUCUGUUUUGUUAGCACCUGGCUUCAAAAAAGCCCUUGAAAGAAAUGGGAAUCCUCCUUAAAUCACUUAAGAUCCAGGUUCUUAAACUUGAGCUGUUGCCAUUCCAGUUGCAUGUUUGGGAUUUCUAAGCUCUGUUUGGACUUAACAUCUGGACUGGUACUGCCACCCUCCCUUUCCUCUCCCUCUGGAUUAUUUCUGCUCAUGACUUCUGUAUCUGGAGAUAUUUUGUAAGAUUUAUUGAGACGCAGAUCUGUUGCCUGGUUCAUUGGAAUUGCAGCCUCCAAGGCAGGUUUCCAAAGAUGGGAGUGAUCUGUGGUAGCAUCCCCACAUCCCAGUACUUUGUAUCGUGUGUUGAGGACUGAGACCCAGGGCUUAGAAAACUAACUCCUUUUUAUGUUUUAGGACUACAGUUCCCAUAGUCCCCCAGCCAGCAGAACCAGUAUUUAUAGUGGCUGGAGAAUUCUAGGAACGACAGAGAAAAAUAAUUAUCCAAGGAUGCAUUCCUGAUCUUCAAAUGAAGUUGGUACAGAUGGCACAAUCAAAUGGGCCAUAAUGUCUCAUUAAAGUGCCUUGUUUGAAAGCCAUUCUGCUCUUUCUUGAAUUGGCAGAACAAUUAAUUUUAAUAUUUUUACGAUGCAAGUCAAACCUCCGUGUUUUGCCUACUUUUCCAAGUGGAAGAAAGACAAUUUUGGCAGGUCUCUUAGUAAAUAAAAUCCAAAGGCUUCAAGUGUAGCCCAUUGCCCUGGUUUAUUUUGCUGUUGUAUUUGUUGACUGGAGCCCCCUUUUGAUGCCAGGAACAUUGCUCCUAGAGCAAACCUGAAAAAUAAUAUUAAGGACAAGUUGGUUUUGUUUCUCGUUGGCUGCCUGGUAUCUGAUUCCUUGGACUGCUUUUAUCUGGGUUUUAACCCCUUGCUUGCAUGUUUCUUCAAGAGGAAAAAGAAAGUAAAGUUCCUAUUUUUCAGUCUUGCCUCUGAAUUUUUCCUCUCUUCCUCUUGGUGACAGUGGCUUACUAUGCUGGGCAUGAGUCCAGCUUGGACAAAAGCAUGUUCAUUCCCAAGAUUGUGUCAAAACGCUCUUGUUUUUGCACUGUCCUCUUUAGGCUGCCCUCCUCCAGGUAUGUUGAUUGCAAAUCCCAGUAUCCCAGUAAGGUGUUGGCCAUUUUGAUGGGGGAUAAUGGAAGCUUGUGUCUUGGAGGAAGAGAGUAAAUGUCUUUCCCAGGAAAUCUCGGCCCCUCCCCAGGUCCUAUUUCAAAGGAUAUUUAUACUUAAGGGGGGGGGGGAUUAGAAUAAAACAGAAUUUUGGAUAAAGGUCCCAUUUGGGCCUGAGAAAAUUGAAGUGUGUACUCGGAGCAUCCCAGCACCAGGAAUAUCAUCUAAGUUCUGCAAAACGGCUGUGAUACGUAGACCUUUUUCUGUUGUGUUGAAGGUUUGCUCCAAACAUGACCCUGAUCCUUCUUUAAGAAGAAGGAGGGAGAAACUGGAAAGGAACCAGUCAUCUCAGAAAAAUGGACGGCUCACAAAUUUUGACUCAAGGCUGCUCAUUUUUCUCUGGAAUUGCACCCUUUGCUGCUGUUUGGAACUUUUGUCCAUGUUUAUCCACCGUUUUGAUUGAUCCUUUCUGCCUUUGCAUGUGCAGUUUUGGUAUUGACCAGAAAAUGAUGGUCGGUUAUGAAGUACCAUGGAGUCUUUUUAUAUGAAAAUGGUACUUUUUUGGAGGGAGGGGGGUUAUUAUUUUUUCCUUUUUUACACAGCAAAAGUAGAAUUUUCACAGACUGCGCCAGUACUUUCAGAUUGGACUCAACUCAUCUUGGGAAUAAAAGGAAUUUCAGUGCUUGGCGCCCAUUUCCCAGUUCUGCGCUGACUUUUUUCAUUUCUUUCUUGCACACCUUUUCCCACCCAGUUUUCAUAACUAACUUUACCGUUUAUAACCAGCCUGAAGUUUAUUUUUAGUCAUAAGUGACACUCUUUCCCCAUCCGUUCUGUAUAUGUUGUUGCACUGAAAGUUAAUAUUUAAUGUUUUAAUUUAUUGUGUGGUUAAAUUAAUUUGAUUUAUGUAAACUGUUUCACGUGAUUGGCUGUCGUUUUCUUCCUUCCGUUGUGCUCCAAAUGAAUAGUUAUUUAAAUGAGUGAAAUACAAUUUUUCAUAAUACCUUUCUGUAUGCUUGGUUUUUCAUGGGGCAACAGAUCUAUAAUUAAAUAUAUUAACCU